AUACCGACAGAUUAUGAACUAGGGCAGAGGAUGGAUUGGCAAACUUCCAAUGGGAUCAAUUUCCCCACAUUGCCUUCUGUCACGCUUACGCUGGUGGCAGGUCUUGGGUAUGCUCGUGGACGAUGUCGCCGCCGGAAGUCCCAAUUGGGCUAACCGGCCCUCAUUGAUCAAAGGGACCACUGGGAAGUAAGGACUGCGGUAACUACGGAAUUUUAUAAAAUGAAACUUGGUUCUCCGAGUCGAAAGGGCCUUGUAGUGCUAUACUCUAAUUGAAGACUCCGAAAUCCAUUAACUAUACCAGGUACCUAAAUUAUAAACUCAUAGUUCAAUUUGGGCUGAGUCGUGGAACGGAGUAUAACAUCGAAGCGCUCAAUUCAUCCAACAUGCCAGGAAUAGAUAUAGACAGCAACCACUUAAAUGGCCAUACGAAUGGGCAUACCAACGGAAUUGCAAAGGGUUUCAAGAACCCGUCACUGCAAGUUACCGAGGAUCAUCAGUUGAAAUUGGUGGAUGCUCCUAUUGAGGAACCUGGCUAUGGAGAAGUGACCUUGCAGAUCAAAUGCUCAGGUAUAUGCGGAUCAGAUAUGCACCUUUGGAAAUCGGGCCGCAUUGGGUCUCUCGAGGUUAAGGGUGAUUGCAUCCUAGGACAUGAAGCUGCUGGUGUUGUGCUUAAGUGCGGCGAGGGAGUGACCAACCUCAAGCCAGGAGAUAGAGUUGGUAUCGAACCCCAGGAGCCGUGCGAAAAAUGUUUCCUCUGCAUGGAAGGUCGGUACAACCUUUGUGAACAGGUUAAAUUUUCUGGGAUAUGGCCCUAUCAUGGAACAAUUCAGAGAUUCAAGGUUCACCCGGCCAAGUGGCUAUAUAAGAUCCCAGACAAUCUCAGCUAUUCCGAGGGCGCACUACUCGAACCAUUAAGUGUGAUAUUACACGGUAUUAACGGAGCCAAUGUAAAACUUGGUCGCCCGGCGUUGGUUUGCGGCGCAGGCCCAAUUGGACUCGUUGCUUUGGCUGCUGCCAGGGCUUCCGGUGCUCACCCGCUCGUCAUUACAGACAUUGAUCCAAAGCGUCUCGAAUUCGCCAGGCAGCUUGUCCCACGGUGCCAAACAUACCAAGUCAACUCAGAACUGAGCGCUGAGGAAAACGCCAAAGAGAUCCGGAAGCUAUAUGGCGAGGACGAGUAUUCGGCGCCGGCAUCAGUGAUGGAAUGUACCGGCGUGGAGAGUAGCGUCUGCACGGCCGCCUUCUCUGUUCGUAGAGGAGGAACACUCAUGGUGAUUGGAGUUGGAAAACCAGUCAUGAACAACAUUCCCUUUAUGCAUUUAUCCCUUGCCGAGGUUAGUCUUGUUAACAUGACUGCCAUGUAUUGUUUAGGGGGCUUAACAGCUAACGCCGUACAGAUCGAUCUGAAGUUUAUCAACCGGUAUCGGGACACUUGGCCAGCCGCUAUACAAUGCAUGAGCGGCGGCAUACUUGAUCUCAAUAAAUUGGUCACACAUAAGUUCCCGCUCGAGAAAGCACUUGACGCGUUUCAAUUAAACGCCACUCCCGGUAACGGCAGUAUCAAGAUCCAUAUUGUCGAUGAUGUUGAAGCGUCAUUAUAGCGAACGAGCAAGCCAGCUUUCGCAUAUCUUGUAUAAAAGUUCGAUGUAGUUGAUAUAAAAGAGUCAUGUAGUAGUAGUAAUGCAAGUCAAGGAACUUUCGAUAGCUAUGUA